AUGUUCAACUGUUUUUUAUUACAAAAUGGGUUGUGUGUAAGUGAUGCGACUUGUUUAAUUGUUCAAUUUGAUGGGAAGUGCCAGAUAUGCAACACAAACAAUGGGUAUAUUAACAACAAUGGUAUAUGUGUAGAAGGUGAUGUUAACAGUGAGGUGACAACCAAUUACAACGUUGUUUCAUGUAAAGUAGGUUAUGUUCUUCACUCAACAAAUUGUUUAAAAUGUAAUGAAAUAUACACAAAUUCAGAUUCGUGUGAAAACGGAAAAGCGACAAAGUGUGACAAUACAAGUGAAAUAGACACAAAUGGGAUGUGUAAUUUCAAUGAUUGUGUUAUUCCAAAUAAUGAAAAUGGAAAAUGCACAACAACAAUUGAUAAUUGUAUAUAUCAAUUAAAUGGAAUAUGUAAUGAGUGUGAAAGUAAAUAUAUUUUAUAUGAUAACGUAUGCAAGAAAAACAAAGAACCAAAUUGUAUUGUACAAAAUAGUUUUGGGUGUUGGAGGUGUCAAGACACUUAUUAUCUCGAUAUACCAACAAAACAGUGUAAAAGUUGUAACUCAAGUUGUUCAACAUGUUUUGAAACAUCGACAAAAUGUCUCAGCUGUCCACAAAACACAUAUUUGUCAAAUUACAAAUGCAACACAAACGAAGAUUUGAAAAUGAGGUGCAAACAUUGUCUCACUUGCAAUUCAACAAACUACAAAACUAAUGGAGGCGACUGCUUACCACAAA